GCGUCAGUAGACAGUGCAGCGAAGAUGGCGUGCUGUGGUAACUGUUUUUGUUGUCACUGCUGUUGCCGGGAUGGAGAGACCCGCACACCCGAGGAACUGACAAUACUUGGGGAAACUAGAGAUGAAGAGGACGAAAUUCUGCCAAGGAAAGAUUAUGAGAGCUUGGAUUAUGACAGAUGCAUUAACGAGCCCUAUGUUGAGGUCUUGGAGGGUAUGGACAAUAAGAAAGCCAAAAAGUACGAAGCUGUUAAAUGGAUAAUGGUGUUUGCUAUAGGCGUAUCCAUAGGCCUGGUGGGCUUUCUCGUGGACUUUUUUGUACGACUCUUCACCCAGAUCAAAUUCAGCUUGGUCGGAAAAUCUGUAGAAGAGUGCAGCGAGAAAGGCUGCCUCGCCCUGUCACUUCUCCAGCUCCUGGCUUUCAACUUGGCCUUCAUCUUCAUUGCCAGUGUGCUAGUUCUCAUUGAGCCUGUAGCUGCAGGGUCAGGUAUCCCAGAGAUCAAAAGUUACCUGAACGGAGUUAAAAUUCCAGGGAUCGUCAGACUUCGAACGUUCCUCUGCAAGGUCUUCGGGGUGCUGUUUACCGUAGCAGGAGGUCUGUUUGUGGGGAAGGAGGGCCCAAUGAUCCACAGUGGAGCCAUCGUAGGAGCUGGCCUCCCCCAGUUCCAGAGCAUCACUUUUAAGAAGAUCCGCUUUGAUUUCCCGUACUUUCGCAGUGACAGGGACAAGAGGGACUUUGUCUCGGCGGGAGCGGCUGCAGGCGUGGCAGCUGCGUUUGGGGCGCCCAUAGGGGGCACUCUCUUCAGUCUGGAGGAGGGCUCCUCCUUCUGGAACCAGGCGCUCACUUGGAAAGUGCUCUUCUGCUCCAUGUCAGCCACAUUCACCCUUAACUUCUUCCGCUCGGGAAUCAACUACAACAAGUGGGGAUCCUUCCAACUUCCUGGUCUGCUCAAUUUUGGAGAGUUCAAGUGUCUAGACGGGGACAAAAGUUGCCACCUGUGGACGGUGGUGGACCUGGCCUUUUUUGUUUUGAUGGGAGUAGUAGGUGGGCUGCUGGGAGCUCUCUUCAACUGUGUUAACAAGAGACUGGCCAAGUAUCGCAUGAAGCAUGUCCACCCCAAGGCCAAGUUUGUCAGGGUCUUGGAGAGUCUGCUGGUUACCAUGGUGACAACGGUGGUGAUAUUUACAGUGUCCAUGACGUUGGGUGAAUGUCGGGAUUUGCCCACUCCAACUCCAAUUCCCACAAUCUACAACACCACAGCCCUGGUGGAUCAGAAUGAAAACACCAACUCUACAAUCCGACAGUUCUUCUGUCCUAAUAACACCUACAACGACAUGGCUACUCUCUUCUUCAACCCCCAGGAAGUGGCCAUCCACCAGCUCUUUCACCAGGACGGAACAUUCAGCCCUGUGACACUGUCAGUGUUCUUCCUCCUCUACUUCCUGUUGGCCUGUUGGACCUAUGGAGUGUCCGUACCCAGCGGCCUCUUUGUGCCCUCACUGCUCUGUGGUGCUGCUUUUGGACGUCUGGUGGCCAACCUCCUGAAAAUAAACCUGGGAAUGCACAUCUACUCGGGGACCUUUGCUCUGAUUGGUGCAGCCGCCUUCCUCGGGGGCGUGGUUCGCAUGACCAUCAGCCUGACAGUCAUUCUCAUCGAAUCGACAAAUGAAAUCACAUACGGGCUUCCCAUCAUGAUAACACUAAUGGUAGCCAAAUGGACAGGGGAUUUCUUCAACAAGGGCAUUUAUGACAUCCAUAUAUUACUGAAAGGAGUGCCACUGCUGGAAUGGGAGACUGAGGUGGAAAUGGAUAGACUGACAGCCAGUGAUAUCAUGGAGCCCAACCUGACCUACGUGUACCCCCAUACCCGUAUCCAGUCUCUGGUCAGCAUCCUGCGCACCACCGUCUACCAUGCCUUCCCCGUGGUAACCGAGAACCGCCACAAUGAGCGGGAGUUCAUGAAGGGAAACAUCCUGGUCAGCAACAACAUCCGCUUCAAGAAAGCGAGCGUGCUGACGCGUGCCGGGGAGCAGAGACGGCGGUGCCAGUCUAUGAAGUCGUACCCAUCCAGCGAGCUGAAGAACGUGUGUGACGAGCAGCUUCCUGUGGCGGAGCCGGCAGAGGAGGGCCAGGACAUGCUGCAGCAGAUGCUGGAGAGGAGACACGUGCCGUACCCUAACCUGUACCCAGACCAGUCCCCCAGUGAGGACUGGACCAUGGAGGAGCGUUUCCGCGCCCUCACCUUCCACGGGCUCAUCCUCCGCUCCCAGCUGGUCAACCUGCUUAUCCGAGGGGUCUGCUACGCUGAGAACCAGUCGAGUGCCACCCAGCCCAGACUGUCCUACGCAGAGAUGACGGAGGACUACCCCCGCUUCCCUGACAUCCAUGACUUGGAUCUGGCCCUUCUCAACCCCCGCAUGAUAGUGGAUGUCACCCCCUACAUGAACCCAUGCCCCUAUACGGUGUCCCCAAACACGCAUGUGUCCCAAGUAUUCAACCUGUUCAGGACCAUGGGUUUACGACACCUGCCAGUGGUCAAUGCUGUGGGGGAGAUUGUGGGAAUCAUCACCAGACACAAUUUAACCCACGAGUUCCUGUUGGCCAAACUCAGGCAGCACUACAUCACCAUUUGAGCUUCUGAUUGCAAAAUCCAAAUGCUUUAAAACAGCACGGUCCUGCACAAGUUUCCAUGAACCUGGACCUCUGACCGGAACUUUCUUAUGUCUGUAUAUGUUUUUGCGACACACACGCACACACACACAUACUCUUUAAGAAACCCACUAAACAGCACUGCAUCCAUGUGCCUAUGACAGGCAGACACAUUCCUGUUGUGUACACCUGGAAGAUCAAGUGAUGAUGUUCUUUCUGCUAAGAUGACUUCCCCCUGAUCCUCUCCCAUCCUCUGUACCUUUCCUACCAUCAUGGUUGAACAGUCAGUGUACUAGCUUUACCAACCACGCUUUACCUUCUGCAUGACAGGAGCACUUUUCAUUUGGACUGUACAUUUCAAGUUUAUUUUGGAUUUACUGUGUAUGUGAAUGAAUUUGCACUAAUGCUAUGUGUGUCCUGUGAAGGGCUAUGAUCAAAGUAGACUUUCAGUGGUAGCAAGGGAUCAAAAUGUAAGAACAAUUUCUUACCAACACAGAUUUGUGGAAUUACAUUAACAAACCAUACUAUUGCACUGGACCUACAUAAAGCUUAAGAAGGUAGAUAUUUCACUGAUAUUCAGGCAGUGGUCGUGUUUUAAGAGGAAUAGAUCUUUAAGGGGGCUGUCAUUGACCAAGAUUCUUCUUCUUGAAAUUUUGGUUUGGGCAUGUCAGUUUGAAUUGUAAAUCUCCCUGGAUAUUCUGUUGACUGAAGCCAGACUAAUUGAAGUUGACCUUAGCUGUGGUGUCACUGGAUAGAUUUCAAGGCGUAAUAUGGAUAUAUAUUGGAAAAUCAAUAACAUACGGUGUUCUUGCAAGCCAGUUUUAACUCUUCAAUAUAGGUUUGGUUUGCACUAAGGACUCAUGUAUUGCUAAGGGAUGAAGUUAGGACCAAACUUAUUAACCCUGGAACUCUUAGUUUGACAGUUUCUUUCAGUCAUGAUGACAAAAUGUGAUGGCACAUAUUUAUAUAUUUUGCAUUCCUGAUUCCUGGAGUCAUUAUUUUGCUCAGUGUUUUAUUUAAGAAUUUAUUUUUAUGAAAUUGUAAUUUUAUUAUUUGCUCAAUGGAUCAAAUGACAUGUAAUUACAUUGCGUGAAACAACAUGGACUAAUGUUGUUGUCCUGUCAACUAUUAUUUGUAGACUAGCCAUGUGUUUGUGUUAGUUUAAAGAUAUGUUUUUAUAUCAUGUUACUUUAUAAUACUUUAUAAAUGUCAAUGUAUCUGUACAGGGAACAUGAAUCAGAUGAUAUUAUAUGAAGACUAGAACAAAUUAUAAAUGUUCUACUGCUAAGCCAGUUGUCAGAUUCAGAGGGACUGUUUUGCCAAUAUAACCGUGUGACAUAUUAAGUAUGUCUGCUAUGAAUAUUAAGGCAUUUAUUUGUACUUGUUGAGGAAUUUGUAAAGCUUUGACAAAUAUAGGACACAAGCUCAUGGCAGACACAUCAGGCCCUCCAGAGAUCAGAAGCAGAAACUCCACUGUCGUGUGCCUUGACAUUUCUCUCCAAUAAAUACCAGUUUGAUUUGUAAA